UAAACAUCGAAAAAUGAUGAGAGCAGAUUUAUUUUGAUCAGUUGAUUAAAGAAAAAAAGAAAAUGUGAAUAAAGCAAUUGUGCUCGAAGUGAAGUGAAGAUAUUAAAGGAAAUAUUGUGAUUUCUUAAAACUUAUGAGAUUAGAUUUAAAUGAAAAUAAGAUAAGAAUCGUGAAAUAAUGGCUGCAAAAAUAGUGAAAAAGGAAGUAAUGAACGAUGAAAUUAAGGAAUUUGGAGAAGAUGCGGCAACGGCAAUAAAUGAAUUAUUAGGGCUAUAUGGAUACAAUGAUGAAAACAAACGAAAUGAAUUAGGUGUCAAAUUUCACAGAAAUGCUUGCAAAAAAAUUUCAAAUCUUACUCAAAGUCAUAACGAUUCAAAUCUUCACUCAAGGUCCACUGAGAAUGAACUAUUACGUACAGAAAAAUUUCACGACUACUCAUCUAUAUCCUCUGAUAAAGACAGUUCAUCACGAGAGAAUUCAAAAAGUCCCAUGAUAAAAAAGGUUCCAGAUAAACAAGAAAAUAAUUGCUCAUGGUGUCAUCACGAUAUAAAUGCACAAUCGAACGAAAUAAUUGGAUCACCAGAUACAGUUUUUUGUUCUGAAAAUUGCUUCAUAUUUUGGAGACGAGCAUCAUUCAAGCGUGCAAAAACAUGCGAUUUUUGCAAAAAUGUUCGCAAUGCUGUAAGUUAUGUUGAUUUCAACGAUGGAACUACACAAUUACAAUUUUGCAGCGAUAAAUGCUUGAAUCAGUACAAAAUGCAGAUUUUUUGUCGUGAAACACAAGCUCAUUUGGAACUUAAUCCUCAUCUCAAGGAUAAAAAUGAAUCUGGUGAGGGCCUAAUUACUCCCGACUUAUGGUUGAAAAAUUGCAGAACAAGGUCUCCCACUCCGGAUGAUUAUGAACGUUCAAAAAGUUCCUCGCCAAUGACAAUAGCGGAAGAGAAGUUAGUAUUUUCAAAAAUAAUUGACACAAAACAAACUUUACCCUCAUCAUCAUCAAAAAUUACAUCAACCGUCUCUAAUUUGGCGCACAAUGAUAAUGCAAUUGAUGCUGGAAAGAAGCCCAUAAUAAAUGUUUUACCAUCGUCCAAACUACUUUCACGAAAUAUGCUUCACAGUAGGAAUUUACGAAAACGUCGAAUUUCAACAAGAUUGGCAAUAAGCAAUAAGGCAAAUCAGAAUUCAAACGAUAACAAUACAGGUACCGAGAGUAUCAUGAAUACAAAUUUUCCAGCUGAUUUGCGUGCAAAAAUUCACAGUCAAAUGAACAACAACCCGAAGUCAAUUCAGUCGACUAGCUUCAAUCGCCCACCUUUACAACAAUUUAUGCAACGACCGCCAAUAAAUUUAUUCAAAUAUCGUUUCCCCUUUCCAAUGCCAUCUCAACGAAUUCCAUUACCACCGCAAAAUCAACAACCACUACCGGAAGAUUCAAACAUAAAUCCAUUACCACCUAUAAAUUCAGUACUACCACCACCGGUUAUUUUGGUUCCCUAUCCAAUUCCACUGCCUAUUAUUAUACCCAUACCACUACCAUUAACGGCAUUCAUGAGGGCAUAUCAGAAGAAAGAAACUGAAUUACCAACGAAUAAGAAUGAUAAUGAAUCUCAUGAGGAAGUAAUGCAUGAAAAGAUGAAUGAAAAUGAAAAGCCUCUUGACUUAUCUUCCGAACAGAGCGUACAUGAGAGUGAUAAGAUUUAUCUAACCCAAUAUGAUGAUGACUGUGACGACGACACAGAUGAUACAAAUAUUAUUGUAGAUAGUAAUUAUUUAAUAGAAAAAAAUACAAUUGAUAAUAAGGAAUCCAAAUAUGAGAAUACCGAAGUGAACAUCAAGAAAACUCUAUCAAAGGAUAUACAUGAACGAAAUCGUCCAUUAAGAAAACGAAAAAUUAUUUCAACUGAAGAUGAUGACAAUCAUUAAACAAGACUUCAAAAAAGCAAAUUGAUUUACAAUUUGAGAAAAUGUUCAAACCGUUGGGACACACUGUAGAUAACUAUCACGUUCGUUAUAUCUAAUAUAUUGCCAAAACUAAUCUUUGGAUUUUUGAUAAAACUUUUAGCGCAUUUUUCUGAAGUAUAAUUUUUUAAAAUAUUACAUUCUUUAAAACGUGUGCUCAUUCAUUCGUACUUUUGCCACGAGUCAUGGCAUUAAAGAUAUUAAAGUUGAACUCAUAAUAGAUAAAAUAUAAAUAAUUUUUUGAUUUUCUAACUUCUUGAAAUUGAAUUAUAAUAUAAUAUAUCCAUCCAAAUAUUUAUGUACUCACCAUUCAAUGCAAAAUUGUUUGUUUCCUAGUAUUGUUAGAAAUAUUUCAUAGCUUAUUAAAUUUUAAGCAGUACACAAUUUACUCAUUUAGUUUGUAGAUUAUUUUUAAUUAUACUUUGUUUCCAAUAAUAUGAAGGUUCACAAUAAAGAUUAUGUCUAACAUGUUGUUGAAAUCUAAUUUGUGUAAGUGUGGACAUAACAUAAUUAAAUUUGUGUAGGGUUCGAAGCUUUCAAUUAAAAAAUUUAUAACUUUAAGAACACCAGGUCAAUAGCUAAAGAUGAUAUUUAUGACAAGAAUCAUUUUCUGAAUCAAUUUUGGACAAACAAACUCAAAUUUUUGAUUAAUUUAAAAAAAAACUUGUGAACUUCUUGGUACGAAAGCAAUUUGGAUCUUAUUUUAAAAACAAUGUCUAAAAGACACUUGAAUUUAUUUAUAAUGUAUUUAAAUCAAAAUGCUCAUUUCUUUAGUACUUGAAAAAUAGCAGAAAUUUUACCUUUUACCUGCAUACCUUUGCUUAUUAUUAGAAUAAAAAAAAGGAUAAAAUAAAUUUUGAACUCAUGAUUCUAAAGGUAUUUUUAUAGUUGG